GCAAUGUACAAAUUGAAAACUAUUUUAGAGUUCAGUUUGCAGUAUUGCAAAGUCAAGAAUGGACAGAAAGCAUGGAAAAUAUGUGGUGAAUAUUGAACACUCAGAAAACCCAGCAUCAAUCAUGUGUUCAAAUGACCAAGAGGCUCACAGCUCUGCAUGCUGGCGUCCACCUUCAAAUAACAUAACCAGUGAUGUCUCUUCCAACUUAAGUGGGGUCUGUGUGAACUCAGGAGUCCUUACACAAUCAAGAUACCCACACACAGACCUAUCCCACAUACAGGUGAAAGAAAAUUGCUGCAGUAACUCAUCUCUGUGGAAAGCCUUUUUGGCUUGUCUCUUAGCCUGUGUGAUAACAACAGCAAUUGGUGUUCUCAUAAUAUGCCUGGUGAAUAAUAGGGGGAAUGACAAUUCUUCCAUUUUUAUCCAGCUCUUCCCCAAAAAUGGGGAGCCUAUAGUUAUCAUUCCUGGGGCUACCUCUACUACUUCUCAACCUACAGUGACCCCCAGUUCAACUGAACUGACGGCUGCAACCACUUCAACAGAAUCUACCAGUGCCCUAUCCACUGAAAGUACAAUCACAACAGCCACAAGCAUGGCUUCAACAGAACCUACAACCACAACCAUCACUUCAGCAGAACCUACAACCACAGCAUCCACAACCAUCACUUCAGCAGGAUCUAUCACCACAACAGCCACAAGCAUGGCUUCAACAGAACCUACAACCACAACCAUCACUUCAGCAGAACCUACAACCACAGCAUCCACAACCAUCACUUCAGCAGGAUCUAUCACCACAACAGCCACAAGCAUGGCUUCAACAGAACCUACAACCACAACCAUCACUUCAGCAGAACCUACAACCACAGCAUCCACAACCAUCACUUCAGCAGGAUCUAUCACCACAACAGCCACAACCAUCACUUCAGCAGAACCUACAACCACAGAAGCCACAACCAUGACUGCAGCAGAUUCUACAGCCUCCACCACUUCAAAUGAACUUUCAACAACAGCCACCAUUACAACUUCAAGUGAAACCACAGCUGUCCCCACUUCACCAGAAUCUUCAACUGCUGCAACUUCAGAACAGGGUUUUUUUUAGAGCUUAAUCUUAGCUAACACCAGAACAAUCACCACUUUCUCCAUCUCUUUGACUGAACUCACAACUACAUUCACUUCAACUGGAUCUAUAACCACAACCACUACCACUUAAUCUACAACUACUGUAACUUCUAUUUAGCCUACCAAGAUAAUGAUCAUCACUCUCCAACAAUAUGUAAUAUCCACCUAUUCAUCCGAACCUGUAACAGAUGACACCAUUCUAAUGAAACUACCUGCAGUCAUCAAAAUGUUUUCUUCUGUGGCAAGUUAACCUUUUGUUAUUUUUCACUACAACUAUCUUCCCUUGCUGGCUCCUUCCACAAAUUGUAGCUACCUCUUCAACAGCUGAGUCUAUAUCUAUACACUUCCAUUGCUACCUUAUAUUUAUAGCAGGUACCUAAUGCCAUUUGAAGAACAACAAUUUAGACAGUAAAAAAUGGAAAAAUUAAUUUUCAUCACAUCAACACUUAGGACUUCUAAAAGUAUUAAAACUUUUUAUUUUUAAAGAA